ACCGCGCUGUCAUCAGCAAACCGCAGAUGAUUUAAUGUCAUUUCAACGAGUCAUCCAUAAACAGUGAAAAUAAUUGCAUCGCCACAGCCAGCACCCACUAACGAAGAGCACAAGCAUUUCCCUCGUUUCGAUUACACCACGUCAACAAACAUGAAAAAUCAUUAGACCAAUAGAUAACUGUCGGUGGCACCGGAUAACACCCAUUAAUGCAAGCGAAUGCUCCUCUGUUUCAGCGCGCAUGUCUCUCCCGCCACGCCGGCCCCGCAGCACACCGCCCGCCGAUGCAAUGUCAAUAUUGACCCGUCAUUAAUAUUCUGCGCCCAUGCUUUGCCCACCAGGUCGGUGAGAUUAUGUUGAACUGGAUUCGACCACCGGCCACAUCCGGGAAGCUGUCGAUGACAAGUGGUGCACCGGUCGAGCCGGUCCUGUUGCUCUUAUUGUUCUUGCUGGCGAGCAGCUCCGUUGGUAGCAGCAGCAGUAGCAGCCCCAAUGGGUACGGAAUGGACUUGGACCUGGACUCGGGCCCAUCGUUGUCCGCUUCGUCGCACCUCUGCGGAGGAACGCUGACGGCCGCCCAUGGAAUCAUCCAGACGCCCAACUUUCCGGACCGGUUUCCGGUUCCUAUUAGCUGCACCUGGAUAAUCGAUGCGUCCACCGUGGUCGGAAACAACGUUUCCAUUGUGGUGUACCUGACGCAACAGUACGUGCUGAGUGGGCUGCGCUUCACCGAGUACAUGUACUACAGUGAGGACUACAAAGUGCCCAGCAUGAACGUGUUCGAACUGAGCGAAGACGAUGUGACUAAUGUGCCGUGGAUCAAGUUCAAUAGUCCGUACUUGGAGAUUAAGUUUAUUAUGGAUAACCUUUAUGGGACGCAUUUGCGAGCGUUGGAUAGGCUGCUGGAUGUGUAUGGGUUCAACAUUACGUACGAAGUGGAUACCGUCAAGCAGUACCAGUGCAACGCGCUGCAGUGCCGAUUUUUGGGGAACUGCUACGCCAAACAGGAUUACUCCUCAUACUACUGCGACUGCUAUCCAGGAUUCAGUGGAAUCGAUUGCGGAUAUGGACCCCUCUGUAAGGACUCGCAUAUUUGCGAAAAUGGUGGCACUUGCAAGCACAUCGGUGACAAUGCCAUCACCUGCAUUUGCCCUACCGGCUUCAAGGGUAACAAAUGCGAGAUCAGCGAGUACGAUGAAAUCACAGGUUGCAAUCUGGAUAGCGGCGGCGAGGACUGCUUCCGGCAGUGCAUCUACGACGAAGACGACGCUGCCAAAGGAGCCUGCAAGUGCGAUCAGAGCAUAUCGUCGUCCUCUCGUGGUCGGGCAAAGUAUGAGAUAACAGUCCGUCUGGCCAACUCGUCGCACUUCGAGUUGAACGAAAAUGGAGAACGUCAACUGAACGAGAAUAGUGCUGCAUUGCUGGAGAAGCAGAUCAACCGCUCGCUAAGGAACGCAAAUCUAUCGAAAAUAAAUGACCUAGAAGUAUUCGCCGGCAAGACUGCCACCAACGAAGUAACGUUUCAAUUUUUCGGCGCGAAAAUUGAUUCCACCCGGAUACGGGAGACGAUGGAACGGAUGGUGGAGCAGCAGCAGCAACGGGGGAGAGCCAGCGGCAACAUCAGCUUCGCUCCACCGUACAAGCCCAUCUUUCGCCAGGAUGUGGGCCUGAUGCUGCAGUCCGUCGUAGUCAACCAGAGGGGCCCGGUCCGGGAGAAUACCGAGUUCAUCCUGUCCUGCGUGGCGCAAGGCUCAUCAACGAUGACCUUUCGCUGGUACAAGAACGGUUUCUUUGUGAACGUGACAAAGGCAACGCGAAACAUGUGGAUCCGUCUGCUGCCACCGGACUCGAGAGAUCACUACACCGCCCUGCUGGGCAUCACCAAGGCGAGCCGUCUUGAUGAGGGCAUCUACACAUGUCAGGUGAACGACAUGGGAAUGCAGCAGUGCCGUUCGACCAAGGUGCAGAUCCUGGGCGCCCCGCAGCUCCGCGUGGACCCUCCGAGUGUGACCGUUUUCCGAGGCGAAUCACUGCUCAUUCGGUGUCUGUCCCAGGACUCGGAUCAACAGUACGGUACCCUCGGGUACAGUUGGACAAAAAACGGUGCGCUCUUCCAGUCGGAUCCGACCGCCGAAAUGUGGGAAGACCUCUACCCGGACGGCAGCAUUCUGAAAGUGAAAAAUCUCCAGAAAUCCGUUGUCUACACCUGUAUCGUAUCGAACUCCGUUGCACCGAUAUCGAAAAGCGUCCACGUGACGGUGGUCGAGCCGGGAACCGUGACAUUGUGUCCGAAAGUUUCCGACUAUGGCGUAAACUGGCCGGCCAGUGCAUCGGGGCCCGCCGUUUUGGCCGAUUGCCCAGGCCGGGGAGAAGGUCAAGCCAGGAGGAUCUGCGAGCAGCGGGACUUUGGGCGUCCGGAAUGGCUUACACCGGACUUUUCCCAGUGCGUUCCGGACGCCGUCAACGAAAUCGAGAGAGAGUUCCGAGGGCUUACGUUCGGCUACCAGAAAACCAACGGCACCAACGUGCUGCAGUCGUGCCUGGAAUAUGCGAUGAAACACUACGCCGGAUUCCUGCCGGGGGAGGGUGGGGUGCUGCUGGAACUACUGCAUGCGAUUUUCCGCUACAUCGAGCAGACCGGUUCGCAACACGAACAGGAAAUCGCCUCGGACAUCAUCCUGCGCGUGGUCGAUGUCAUUAUGCAGAAUAAAUUAUCGCUCAACAAUCAACAGCAAAUCAAGCAACUGCAGGAUCUGGUCCAAGCAGCAGCCCUGAAUCGUGAAACGACAAUGGCGGCCCCGAUCUCGUCCUCGUCGUCACUGUCAUCGUCGUCGACGGCCUCCAAAGCGUCUCUGGCGGCGACCACGACCGUGACGCAUCAACUCAACUCGUUCUAUUUGUACACGGAAUCAGUCAAAGGAUUGCCGUUCAAUUUGCAGAUCUACGGCGAUCAACUGUACUCGGACCAGCUGUACAUGGAGAUGGAUGUAACGAGCUCGUUGCUGGACAUCGUUUCGAACGGAACCGUCCUGGUGACCGUCAUAUCGUACAAAAACCUCACCACCUUCCUGCCGCGGUUCUACUUUGCCAAAAAUAGCUUCGGCACCGACAUCGAUUACAUUCCGGCGUCGAAAAUCAUCUCCACCUGGUUGUACUACGCCAACCGCACCGGCUACGAACCGAACCGGCCUCUGCACGUUCCACUCGAGUCGGCCCACGUGGAAAUUAUCUUCCAGCAUGAGAACUCGCCUACCAGCGAGUGGAUACCACUUUGCGGAUACGAUGCAAAGGCAACCUUUGAACCAACGUGGCGAACCGACCUUUGCAUCACCGAGAAUUUGAUGGAAAACAUUACAAGAUGCAUUUGCCCAUUAUCGGGCACAUUUGUGGUGCUGCUGGCCAGGAAAAACUACAACGCUUCGGUCACGAAAACCUCAACCCGACCGAUUCUGGUGGUGAUAAGCUGCGGAUGUUGCUUUCUGCAGUCGUGCAUAGCGUUCGCCAUCAUGCUGCCGAUCCUGUACCAGCGGAGAUGCUGUGUGACCUUUUUAAAAAUGCAAUUCUGCUCCGCCACAUCGAUGGCGAUGGCAAUAUUCAUCCUGGGAUUGCUACAACUUUUCCCACAAGAAUGGUUCAACGUAGUGAUCGCCCUACUCACCGCAUUCCUCCUGCUCAGCUCGUCCACGUUGGUCGCCAUUACCGUGCUGGUCACGACCGAGCUGGGCCCUCGGAAGCUGACCGCUGCCACCAGCACCUUGGCCACCGGUAUCUCCGGCAGCAUCGGGCUCAGCUGGUUCCUGCCGACCCUGUGUGCCACCUCCACACCGUUAGUCUACAGCGUAAUGUUCGAAACACCGGACCACUGGUGGCACACGACGGAUUCCUUCGGUUUCAUCCUCUUCAUCGUCAUCGAGUCGUUGUUUGUGAUAUUGUUUCUACUGUUGUUUCUGACACUGAUGAAAAAACUUUUGUACCUCGCCAAGAAGCACGACAAGCACAACACUUCAAUCCUGAGACGGAUAGGGCUGCUGUACCGGACGGCCAUGCUGUUCGUGUCCAACGUGCUGUACCACACGUUCUACUUGGUGUACUUGAACAGUGAGGACCUGCUCAGUGGUUACGCUUUCAGUGCCAGCAGUAUUAUUUUGGGAUCAUGCAUCCUGUUCAGUUUCGUGAUAAAGGCUGAAGUGAAGCACGAGUCGGAGUCCACCAGUAGUAAAUCCAGUACCAAAAAUAGUUUAGACGACAACUGUUGUUCGGGAUCAAUAAAUAGUCCGUUAAGUUUUUAUACAACUCAAGAUCUAGAUAAGGAUAAUGAAUGUCUCCCUUCGUGUGGAAAAACAACGAAAAUUCCGCUGACAAUACUGCCCUCGCCUCACUCGCAGCAACACCAGCCGCAGCAGCAACAAAUGGUCCAGCCUCAACAAAAGCAGCUGCCCACGCAUAUCACCACCAUCGAACCGUGCAUUCAUGGCGACGGUCAUAGCAUAGAGACCUUUUUGGGUGGUAGCAUACCGACGGCCGGAACGACCACCAUUUGUAAUAUUGUAGCCCACGAGUACGAGACCUCACCGGCGGUGGUGGCAACUGCGUCCCAUGGUUUAUGCAAUUUCAGUGCAAAGCCCCGCUGCUACGAGGUGAUGGGACAGCAGCAUCAUUCGGCCGCUGGACUGCCGAUGGAAAAUUCCAGCAUUUUAGCAACGUCAGCAGUGCCUCCCGUGUCCAGUGGUGGUGUGAUAGGUCAGUUCGAUUGGCACCAACCGCAAUCGGCCGUGGUGGGGCUGGUACCAUGCGGCGUAGUGGGUGGCGGUGCCUUUACUGUGCAAUCCGGCGCGAGCACUGGAAUGUGCUACGUCACUCAGCAGCACCACCAGCAGCAGCAAGAGACUAAUGAAUUUGUCGGUGUCGGAGGCCUGGACAUACUGAAAGGCGUCGGACAAGACAGCAUAAUUGGCAUCCGGAGCAAAGGCUUGGAUAUUUCCGAGCCUGCCACUGGGGCUGGCAGCAAAAAACUGCCGCCUCCCGUUCUGGAUCCAAUAUCCGGUGCGCAACUGUCAACGGCAUCACCCGCAGCAGCAGCAGCAUCACAUUGUAUGCUGCAACAUCAACAGUCACAACCAGCCCAGCAGCAUUCAACGACGGGCCCAGCCAUCGCUUCCGUUCAACCGGUUGGACCCCAGCCCACCACGGCCCCGGUGAUAACCGUGACCGGCGCCGAGGAUCCGGAUCACAUCAACGGAAUGCUGGACCGAAUAUCGCACGAUUUGGACUAUCUACUGAAUCGUACCUCCGAGGUGCCUACUGUAGUAUCUAUCCAACUAAGACCACCCGGUGGCAGCCCUAGUGCAAGUAGUAGUAAUAACAUUAGUAUUAGCUCAAACAACAAUGUGAACUCAAGUGGUAGCAGCAGCAGCAGUAGUGGGGGACCGGCGAGUGAUAGUGUCGCCAAUCAGGGAAGCGGAUGCGGAACAGUACCGGUGGGGACAACCCAUUCGAUGCCACCGCCACCACCUCCACCUUGUACGCAAAAAGUGCCACUGAUUUCCUCUUGCCACAGUGUUCAUGAAGUAAUAAUCGAAGAGUCUGAAGAAGUAGAUAGCUAAAUGGCCGUGUUUCAACGGUCGGUGUGUCCACGUAGGUGAUUUUUAUUUACAGUUUUCCGGGUCCACGCGGUAUCACGGCGAUUGAGUGCUCUCAUCUGCAAAAUCUUUGAAAUCGUGAUGAUUGGAUGACCAAGUAACUUACAGAACAGCAGUGUUGUAGUUGUGCAGUUUAGUAUUUCACUGGGAUGGAAUCACCCCUCACGUGCACCACACACAACUUACCCAGGCUGACGUCGGUUCGCAAGUGGCAAGAGUGAACGCGGUUGGGUGACGCCUGGAGUUGUUGCUUCGCAAGCAGGGAUGCUAACAUUGUCUGCUUGACAGUUCGCAUCACAUUCAAAUGCGCUAUAUCGCCUGCUGUGAUCAAUCUCCUUUCCACAGCUUUAUGCAGUUCAUCUUAUAUCUCACAGUAGUUGAUUCAGAAACAUGUUCUAUAUAACUUCCAAAGUAUUUUCCCUGAAUCUCAAACACCACUUGGAUGAAAUACCUGUUCUAGUGCACUUCAUUUUCGUUUAUCCAAAUCAGACAACCAACUACCAAGCACCCAUUAAAUGACGCGCAGAUGAAAUUAAUUAAUUCAAAUCGAGUGAAGACAGCGCUUAUUUCUGUGCCAGAUACCUGUACCGAAAACCAAUGAUAUUUACCGGAUAGGAACAAGGCUGCAGGUAAUCAACCGUGUAAUAGAAACCUGUAUCCACGUUAUACGCCCCGGUAUCCACUGGGUCGAAUAAAGGAGCAUAUGUCCCCGCCAGGGCUCGAUUCUUUUCACCCCAAGGUGACGGAAAAAAGAGUCAUGUGUGAAGACAAAAGACUGUAUUCUGUUUAAUUUUUUGACAAAGCUCACGCGCCAUGUAGCAUUGCGGAGCCAUAAAGUUUAAAAAUUAACUUCUUUGUGUAUAAUUUGUUUGAAUUGCAAGGUUGAAAACUAGGCAUGUUACACGACAUUUCAGUGUUGUGUUAAAAAACUCAAUCAUCGAUUCAUAUGUAGAGAUUACCAGUAAUCUUUGUUAUUUUCCAACGUGAAAGCCUAAAUUCUUCUUCUUUUUUCUUCUCCGAGCCUUUCUGUCAACUCGUGUUUCGGGCCAGUGACUAGACUAUAUGCCCAAGCCUUAAUUCCGUUAGUGACCCCUUACUUACGCCAAUGACGGCAUCCUUGACACCGCACCGGCAUAUCCCAUGAAUGUGGCUUGUCUGUAGCUUUAUAGUAGAAAUUUGGCGGGAUAAUACUGUUUGCGGUUAAUUAAUAUGCGACAAAAAUACGAAAAUGUCACGCUUGGGUGUCAUGUUUGGCUAGAUUACAUGCAUGAAGCAGUGUGCCGGCGAGCACUUACCGACGAUGAUACUGUGUGUGUGGCCCACGAUAGGAUAUUGAAUUGGUAAUACAUGGUUUUCAUUAGGCUUCCGAUAUGGUACCUUAUUAUGUUGAGGCUAACGAUGUUGUAACAUUGUAUCAAAUAUAGAAUCUAUUUUCCAUUGAUACUUCUCACUGCGAUAAUAAUGAUCGUUAGAUCUGUUUAUUGUGAUAUCUGAAGCACUUUGGAUCUGAAAACGUUAUCAGCGAAAAGAAAUGUCCACUAAAUUGGCACCCAUUAUACGAAAGAUAUACUAAAUUCCAUCAUCUUCUCCGAGCAUUUGAAAAUGUUUUAUCGAUGGAAACAGCGGUAUUGUAGCAUAUCUACAUACCUUUCGACGUUUCGACAUGGGAAUUGUGUUUUCCACAGGAGGUAAUUCUCGCUAAAACCAUGCCGCCACUUGCAUAAAGUCAGGGAUUUCAAAUAUUUCUUGUUUAUUCGCUAGAAUAUGAUAAAAACGAUGCAUCUCGCAAGUGUAGAAUUAGCAUUAGUUAAAAUACACAAAAAUAAAAACUAAAAAAGGGUGAAAAACGUUUUUGUUGGGCUAAAAAGAUGGACCCCUAACUUGUGAAAAGGCUGACAAGGGGACAAAAAUGACGAGUUUUAGUCAAAUUGCAUCUGAUUUAGAGCGUAACAUCUCAAAAAUUUAUGUUGAGAUGAGUUCGUAUAGACCCUUACUUAAAGUUUAAAUGUUUUGGACAGCCAUCUUGGAUUAGCCCGCCAUUUUGAAUUUUAUCAUUAAAUCGCACUUUUCGCUUUGUUCGCAGCCGCCGAUUUGAAAUCUGAAAUCAUCAUGAGACAGCUGAAUGUCUAAGGGCCGAUUUCUUCACCCUGGCUUAAGCGUUAAACCAGGUUUACCUAUAUGGGUAAACCUGGCUUACCGAUUAGGCUGGUAAGAAAUUGAUUUGGUUGAGGUGAAGAAAUUGAUCCUUCCUAAGCUUUUCAGAACAAUCAAAUAUUUAGGUGAGCAUUGGCCACAACAAUGAGAUAUCAUUGAAAACGUGAAUCAAUCUCGCAUUUUCUCAUACAUUCUCACGCGCGCAUCUGGUCGUGGGAUAACGGGUACGAUGAAAUCGCGUUGCGCCUGCAGCAAAAUUUAUAGGAGGAGAAUAGGAGCUUGGCUCACGUUUUCAUCAAUAUCUCAUUGUUGCGGUCAAUGCUUAUACCUAAAUAUUUUAAUGUUCUCAAAAGCUUACUCUCAGUUUUCUAAUGGUUGUUUCAGAUUUAAAAUUGAUUAAUUGCGAACACAGCUUAAAUCGCAAUUUAAUGAUAAUAUUCAAAAAGACGGACAAAUCCAAGAUGUCUGAAUUUGAAUUCCAAAUGAAAGGUUUACACAUUCUCAGAUUUUCCUGGGAUUUCAAGAUUUUUUUCAUUGAUUGCUACCAGAAUUCCUCUCUAGAGAUUUCUCCCAAGUGUGCAUCUAAUCAAAAUCAAAUUUUAUCCGGCAUUUUAUCAGGGAUUAUUCCCAGGGUUUCUUCAUUGAUUCAUUUUAGGAUUCCUUCCCAGGAACCUUUCAUGGAAUAUUCCAGAAAGUCCAACAGGGAUUCCUCUAGAAUUCUUCCAAGGUUUUCUCUUGAAAUUCCUGUAUGAUAUUUCUUCCCGGACUUCUUUAGAGGUUCCUUCCAGUGUUCAUUCUGAAACUCCUCCUAGUGUUCCCUCAUAGAGUCACCCCGGAAUACCCUCAUAGAUUCUUCCCGCAAGUUCUUCAUUGAUUUCUUCCUGGAAUUUUUCAAUAUAUUUUGCCGACUUUUUAACGUGAUUCCUUCAGCGAUUUCCCCCGGGAUGCCUUUCGUAAUUCGAGGGAUUCCUUCAUGGAUUCUUCCCGUGUUUUCAUCAAAAUCCCUUCAAGCCUUCAUAGUUUCCUUCCGGGAUUCCUGCAGGGACUUUUUCCUGGGAAUCGUUCAGGGAUAUAUUCCGGAUACCAUUAAGGAAUUCUCUCGGGGUUCGAUCAAUCAUUCCUCUGGGGAUUUUUUCGCAGAUUGCAUCAGCGACUCCUCCAGGAUGGUUUUCACCCGGGAGUCAUUUAAAGACUUCUCCUGGGCUACCUUCAUGAGACUUCUCUCGGAUUUAUUUUAUUGAUUUUCACAGGUUUUAUUUAGAGAUUACUCCAGAAAUUCAUCAAGGGAUUCUUCUCUGGAUUUCUAUAGUGAAUCCUCCCUGGACUUUUCCAGUGAUUACUUCAUUAAUUUCUCCUGAGAUAUAGGGCUUUCGUUGGGGAUUGCUUUCAGAUUUUCCUUUAAAAACUUCUGCCGUGACUCUUCCAUUGAUUUUUUCCUGGUUUCCUUUAGGAAAUUAUCCCAGUAUUUCUUUGGAAGAUUCUAUUGAUGAUUAUUUCAAACAUCAUUUGAACAUUACCUCAGACAUUUCUUUAGAGACUCCUUCGGCGAUUUUUCAGGAAUUCCUUCAAGAGUUUAUUACGAAAAAUAAUGAAGCACUACAAAUGCACAUUAAAAGAUGACACUAUAGAGGAACAUUACAAAUGCGCAAUAAAACAGGACAUCACACUUGGACAAAUACAACACAGUACAAAUAUUUUGCCCUUGUUACCCUAGUGAAUAACAAUUUCCGAACCCAGGUUGACGAGGUUUCAGAAUUAUUGUUGGUCCAUCAGUCAAAUCCUGUAUUUGAUUCGCAUUCGCAGGCAAACAGCCAGGCCUUUUGUUCGCAGCAUUAGUUGCUUUCAUAGCUUAAGUUUUGUCUAGCCAUUUUAAUCCUAUGGGAGGUAUUUCGAUUCAGGUUUUAAUACAAGACGUUUACAUUUUAAUGUACCUGAUAUGGAACGAUUCUUAUAUCCGAUAGUUGUUUUUUGCUCGGAAUGGCCUGAAAGUAGGCCAUCAAAAUGAGAUUGCUGAGAUCUCUUAGUGCUCUAUUACUCCCGAGCACUAUGAAUGUGCAUUAAACUAACGAAAAUGCUUACAAGUUAAAAUAGGACAUUUAACACAAAAUAAAACUUUAAUUUCCGUGAAUAGAAUGACAGUUCAAUCGAUACCUAACAUGACAGUUCGCUUCGAACAUAAAAACCACACAAACUCCAGCAUUUUUUCAUCGAUAGCUCACGGAAUUCCUUCAGAAAUUUUUGAUAAAAUCCACCCUGGAUUCUUUCAGGUUUCCUUCCAGAAAUCCUUCCGGGAUUUUUUCCAAAAUUGCUUCCGGGAUUCCUACAGGAAUUUCUCUCGGAAUUCGUUGAGGAUUUUUUCCAUGAUUCCUCCCAAUAUUCUCCUAGAACUUCUCCCGAGAUUUUCAAAUAAUCUUUUACGUCAAAUGAUAAUACAUAAUUCCAAAGCAAACCUAGUGCGAUUUUUUUGUCCCUAAUACUCCCUAUAUGAAAUCCUUGUUUAGGGAUACAACAAACUUUUCAAUGAAUCGGGGAGGGGGGAUGUGUGUUACAGUUGCACAAUGAAUCAUCUAAAUAAUUGACAGGGAAUGGUCAACCAUUCUUACUGUGCAUCCAUGUUUUUUUUUUUUGAAAGUUUGUAAUUCAAAAGUUAGUUCUAAAUUUACAAAAUUAUCGCUUAGUUCUUUCCACAAUUCCUCCUUGGUUUUCUACCGCAAUCCUCCUUUAACACUUUAUAAAGCAGUGGCAACUAUAUUGCCACCUACUGUUUGUAUUUUUAUUUCUGGUUUAUAUCUAUUUUUUUCAAACUUUUUUUUUGUUUACGCAAAAUUGGGAUUACUAACAUCGCCUGGUAUUUUUUUUUUGUUAUUAAACAAAGCUUCAUCAACAAUGUGGGAGCCAUUUGUAGUCUAAACAAUGGCAAAGUUUGGUAAAUAUUUCAGGAAAUAUGCAAAUUAUGGGUUGACAUGAGUUGAACUAUACAGUUUAUAUAAUGGGUAAAGCCAUAAUCCACUCUAAAAUCUCUUUUCCGGCUUUUUGUCGAAGCCAAAAGAAGAAAAGUACCCUAAACGGGCAGUGGCAACUAUAUUGCCACCUCAAAAGCUCGUUUUUGGGGUAAACGGUCAGUGGCAACUAUAUUGUCACCUAGAUUUUUGAGAGUUUCUUUCAACAAAAAAUGUUUUGUACAUGUUAUCAUUUAUAUUAUCAUUUCCGUAAUAGUAUGCGAUGGUAACUAUUCUAGUUUUUUCGGCCUUAUAAAGGGUUGAAUUCUUUCGUAUUUUUUCCCUGAUUUAAUUUUUUUUUGGCUUUCUGACCAGUUCUCCGAAAUUUUCAUCCAGAGGUAUUUUAUUACGUAUUAACUCGCACAAAUAGUUCCUUCCGAGAUUUCUUCCAGAGGGUUUCCCCAUUACUUUCAAAGUUUCUCGCUGGAUCCGUCUAGAAGAUUCUUCGUUCAGGAUUUUUUCUUAGUGGUUUUCCGGAAUAGAGGUGUGCGCCGCCGCGCCGCGCCGCGCCGAUGAGAAAUCGGCGUGAAUCGGCGUGCGGCUCCCCAAGCCAACAAGAAUCAAAAAUACUAUAUUUUUUAAACGGGGAUAGGUAAAGGGGGGUUACAGCCAUGCACUGGUGAAAAAAGUUUAUGGUUAUGUUGUUUGAAGCCGAUCCAGGAAGCAUCGGCGUGUCGGCGUGGCAAACGGCGGCGGCGGCGGCGUGAAAACCGCACGCCGAUCGGCGUAUCCCUUCUCAGAAAGGCUACCAUCAUCAAAACCAAAAAAUUUCUGCAGCAGCACAUAGCUAGAUGUCCAUUUGUUGCAAUCCAAUCAUUAGAAAGUAGUUUACUUUGUUCAUAAUUGUUUGAGAAGCCCCACGCCGAUGCACGCCGAUUUUACGCCGAAUAUUCGGCGCACACGUCUAUUCCGGAAUAGCCUUCUAACAGAUUUUAUCGGGAUUUUGGCAAGAUGCUUGCAGAGAUUCUCUCUUCCAGAGAGUUGUUUGAUAUUCCUCAAAGUAGUUGCUCCCGGAUUUUCUCUUAGAAGUUUCAGAGUUCCUCCUUGAACUUCCUUUUUAUUUCAUCCCGGGAAUACUCCCAGACUUUUUUCGGACAUGUCCCAGUUUUUCUCAGGAUUUCUUCCAAAGUUCCAUUCGAGAUUUCUCUAACAAGUCUUUCCAAAGUUUGUCGCGAGAUUUCACCUGGAUUCCUUCCGAUAUUUUUGCUGGAAAUAUUUUUCGUAGGUUAUCUCAGGAGACAUUUGAAGAGAACUGGAAAAAGCCCCUACAAGAACUCCGGGAGCAACUAUUAAAUAAAUCCCAAAAAUACCACCCAGAAUUUCGGGACAAUUUGCGGUAGAGAAUCUGAAAAGAGCUCUGGGAUUAAUUCCGAGAAAAAAUGUAAAACAAAUUAUCUUGGGAGAAUCACUGCAAAGAAUCCUGUGAGGAAAAGCCUGGAAAAUACUCUGAAAGAAAGCACGGAAAAAACUCCAUGAGAAAUAUCUGCAAUAGUUGCUGCAGAAAUCUUAAAAAGCACUCCGGAUUAUAUCUUAGAAGAAAGUCCAGGAUAAAUUUAAAAAAAACUGAUAGACAUCGCAGUAUCGACACCGGAAGGAAUCUUCUGAGAGAAGUCCCAGGAAAAAUCCGAGAAAAAUCUCAGAUGAAACUCCAAAAUAAAUCCCGCAAAAACCAUUCAGGAAUGUCCCGACUGAAACUUUGUGACAUCGUGGUCGUGCGGCUAGUGUUACAAUCAAUUAUCACAUAAUCGCUGUAUGCACUGCAAAAUAUUUUUGCUGGUCAUCAGUAAACUUUGCCGAUUUUUGGCGCGCUGAUUGCAUUCAGCAAUACAAAUUACUGGGUAUCAGCAAUUAUUUUUCAACUUGCUGAACCAUCCAACAAUUUUGACAGUUGAUCAGCAAAGUUGUGCUGAAAUUCAGCAAAAAUGUUGCUGAAAUUCAGCAAUUUCUUUUGCUGAUUUUGGCGUGCUGGAUGCAUUUCAAAAAUUUUGGUGUGUGGCUUUUUUGUCAUACAGGAAUGCGAAAAUCAUUUGGAAGUACAGGCACAAACAAACAGAUGUAACACUUGCGAAAUUUCAAUGGACCACGCUUUUAACGAACGCCUUCUGUUGACGAUAUUGCACAACACAGUGAUUCGUGCAACUUUUCCACCAGGUGGUGGUAGUAUGAACUGGGCGAUGGAUUUCCAUGAAAAUCGUUCAAGGUGUUACGUCUAUUUGUCUGUGGUAUGUAACACUAAACUUCUAACUUUCGUUUCCUUCGUGUUUCGAAACUUUUUAAAAUAUCCAGCGAAGAUGCCAGAAUAUCAUAGCUUUCGAAUGGUGGGCGCCAAUUUUGUGGACUUUUUGAUUCGUUAAUAAUGGUUACAGAUACACCGUGUAAGCAUUAAUUUUUUAAUCGUUACAUAACGAUUGCCAACCAGUUAAGUUUAAUAUCCAAAUAUGCGAACAAAGUGAUACUCAUGUGGAAGAAAACUGUUUUUAAGAGGCCGACGACUCAAGAAACGAAUGCGAGGCAGCAUCAAAAUCAGCAGGAAUUUAUAUUAGUCAAAAAUCAUCUGUAAAUAGUAGCCGUUUUGUAAAUAAUGUUUAUAACUGACAGAUCUUCUAAAAAAAACUAGUGAAAUUUUGUACAUAUUUUUGAACCAAUGAAAAGGCAGGAAACGACAUCACAAUGACUGUAUAGAAUAUCUAAUUAAUAGGAAUCGGAAUAAUAUAGGAAACAAAAAAUCAAACCUUCUAGAGAAUACAUCUUAUUUCGGGUCAGCAGAGCAAGAAAGGAUAAGGCACGACGAAAACAAAACUUUUUCUACGCCAUCAUUUCCCGGUAGGCGAACGGAACCCCUUAGAAGCCUUUUUCCAUCAAUGGCCUGGCAGAAAAAAAGAGAAAGAGAAAAAAACGAAAAAUACAAGGAUGAAUGAACAAAUCAACCAAGAAAAACGAAACAUUUUUUCUAACUCUAUUGAGCGAAAAUCUGUCUUACAAGCGAAUUCAAUUAAAUUUCGAUUUUGUACACGUCGGCUAAGAAAGGCGAUUCGCUGAACGAAAGUGAUGGAAUAAAAACUGAUGAAAAGUAAA